GUUUCACAGCGUGAAGCGGUCCUUUCAAGUAUUUGUAAUUCUCGACAAAAUGGGGGGUAUCGGUACGGAAAUCAGCGUUGCACACGCCUCAAUAGUCAAAAAUCUACCUCAUCGCAUCAGUCAAGUUACAGUAUUUGUAUCGGUAAUUCUCGUAAUCACUUUGAUUAUGGUCGCUGCGCACGUUGUUCGUUUGAUUAUGGCAAUGCAAAAGAUGUCAAAGGCACCCCAAGUACCUACUGCUAUUGUCAUUCAGCCAAAAGAAAAGCAUAAGAAAGCUGCAAAGCAAAAGAAAAAGGCUUCAUUAGCAUGCAAACAUCGCAGUAAUUAUAAUCUGCCAUCGAAACUAAUGAUGGUUGACAUUGAGGUAAAGAAAGAGACCGAAGAAGAAAAGAAGAAAAAGAAAAAGAAAGAAGCCGAAGGUGUAAAUCCUGUGACGAAUAUGGCUAUCUCGGCUCCACCUCCAUACAAAACACUCAAGCCAGCAGAAGGAUCAGCACCGGGCCAACUCGCCGUUGUCCCAACGCUGGCCAACGAAUCGACACGAACUUCAGAGAUGGCAAGUGCAAAGGCAGAUCCAGGAAAAUCCGGCGGAACCGUAGUUAAAACUGUCAGGACCGAAACCGUUACCACGACGGUCAAAACCGAGAAAUCAAGCGAUAGUGCAGAAAAGUGAAGCAGAUAAUGCUAUUCUUUCAAGC